CCCUUCACAGCGGUGCAUCGGAGGAUCUGUAAUAUUCCUCGUCCACUCGUCACACUCUGGGUAAACUGCCCCGGGAAGUGUGCAGAUGUGGCAGGUCGACUGCAUUCCCACAAUGUGCUGGUCGUCGCCCGUGAGAAUCACGAUGCGAUAACGUCUGUUCAUCGGGAGCAGUGGAGUCCCGUGCAUGUAGAGGGGUGUAAACAUUGUGCUUGGAACGGGAUUGAGAACUUCCCAGGAGCGGAACUGACUGUCGAUUUGGAGCGAUCUUGCAAGUUAUAUUGAGAUUCCCUAGCGAGCGUUGUGUUUGGUGCGGGACAGUCUGUCUCAUUUACUCUAUGGCCGACGAUCUUUUCGUCAGGGUAGUGUUAUGCAAUGGUAGUCAUCACCUCUAUUUUUGCCUAUAGAUCCAAUGCCUUCAAUUUCGGAGUUCCUGUCAAACCUGGACGACGAACUUAUGAUCCAGUUAACGCAUUUCUUUCUGGACCGGCUGGAACCAGCCGCUGAAAAAGGAUUAGAAGCACUCAGCCUGAUGCUGAAACAGGAGAGGCGGAUCAGUGCAGAUGAACACUGGAGAGUCACUGAGCAUGCAAAGAACGGUAACCGAACAGGCGGUUCCAAACUCUUGCUCAGUCUAGUGAUGGACAAAGGCUCCAGUGCCCAGAGGGUGAUGUGGGAAGCAUUUCUGAAAAUACGAAAUGAGUCGCCAAAGCUGGACAAAAUCCUAAAUGAGCUCCAGAAAAUCGGUUCCGAUGUAUUUGAGUUCAUGAGCAACAGCCAAGAUUUACAAGAAUUUCCCUGUCAUCUGCAAGAAGUUCACCAGAAACACAAGGAAAUAUUGCGGGAGGAAAAUGAAAGAAUGAAAAUGGAAACGAUCCCGGAGGGGGAGGGGGAGAGUGAAUACUUCCAGUUGUCUGAUCGAUACUGUGAGCUCACGAUUGUUUCCACUGACCGAGGCUGCCGGAUGACGGAACAUGAACUGAGGGAAGGGGAUCGGGACGAUGAGGAGUGGAGAGAGAAACUGGAGAAGGACUAUAACAAAGGGGAAAAACUGCGAACGGAGCAGUUGUUCUGGAGCAGCUAUUCAUUGAGUCGAAUCACAUCUGGUAGUUCAGUAGCUUUGCUCGGAAUCCCAGGGAGCGGGAAAACCACGCUGGUGCAAAAGGUUAUUUAUGACUGGGCCACGGGGAAAAUAUUUCAGCAGUUUCAGUUUGUGUUCAGUUUCAAAUGCAAGGAUUUAAACAAAAUUAAAGACAAAAUAAACCUGAGGGAGCUGAUUUUGAAUCAAUAUCAGCACCUUGGGAAUGACAUAGGAGAGGUCUGGAAGAACCCGAAGGCACUGCUGUUUAUAUUUGAUGAUUUAAAUGAAUUCAAGCACAGAAUCGAUUUCACAGACAGUCCUAGAAACGGACGACUUCAGCCCAUGCGCCCGGAUCCCGAGUGGCGAUGCGAAGUGUCUGACAUUGUGUACAGUUUAAUCCAGCAUAAGCUGCUCCCAGGGUGUUCAGUGCUGGUCACCUCCCGCCGCACUGCAAUACAUUUAUUGGAAAAGGCAGACAUCACCCUCUGGGCUGAAAUCCUGGGAUUUUCUGGUGAGGAACAAAGUGAAUACUUCAAUAGGUUUGUUGAAGACCAGGCAGUGGCGACAUCUGCAUUCAAACUCCUGCAGGAGAACAAGAUCCUUUACAGCAUGAGCUAUAAUCCAUUAUACUGCUCAGCGAUCCGCCAGUCACUGGGGGGCACGGACGUAAAGAGAGACAGCGGGCAUUGGGGUUUGCCCAUAACCAUAACGCAAACCUUUUCCAAGCACAUUUACAACAUCCUGAAGCACCACGGACGUGACACGGAGAAACCAAAAGAAGUGCUCAUGAUGGUUGGUAAUAUGGCUUUCAAGGGACUGUCCGAGAAGAAGACUACGUUUACAGCUGAAGACCUGAUUGAACACGAUUUGAAACCUACUGGAUUCCUGUCCAGUUUCAUGAUAGAACUGCUGAAGGGAGAUGGUUCCACGGGGACCGUGGUUUACGCGUUUACCCACCUCGUUGUACAAGAGUUUGUUGCCGCACUCACACAGUUCCUACGAACUGAUCCUGAGGACAGCCGGGAUCUUUUCACUGAAAUCCAGCGUGCAGAAGAUGACCGAUUUGAGACAUUUCUUUGCUUUGUCGUCGGCCUCUCCUACAGCGGAUCAGACUGGGCUCUGAAGGAAUUUCUGGGUCCGUUCCCCGAACAGACCGCUCACCUUGUUAAAGAAUGGCUAGAGAAGGAGAUUGACCGUCAGAUCGCAAACACAGGGACAGAUUCCAUUAAAAGGGAACUGCUGAAUACACUGCAAUAUGUGAUUGAAUCUCAGGAUCGUAAACUAGCUUACUCUGCUCUGGGAUCUGCGGAAGUUGUUUCAUUCAGUGGAUUGCAACUGACUCCAAUUGACUGUGCCAACCUGUCUUAUGCCAUUGAGCUGUGUGACACAAUGAAACACCUCAAUCUGGAGAGCUGCUAUAUUGAGCUUGAAGGACUCCAGCGACUGGGACCAGUGCUUCAGAGAUGCCAGGAACUGGGACUGAACCGCAAUCAGUUGCGGGAUUCUGGAGUGAAACUGCUGUCUGAAUAUGCGAUGGAACCAGACUGCCAAAUAGAGAAGCUUCGGCUGGAUAUGAACGGCCUCACGCACUGUUGCGCUGGGGAUCUGGCCUCCAUUCUCCAUAGAAGCUGCUCACUGCAGGAACUGGACCUGAAUUACAAUAACCUGGGCGACUCAGGCGUGAAAGAGCUAUCUAAGGCUUUAGAGAACCCGGACUGCAAACUAAUGAAGCUACGGUUGUGCGCAAACGGACUCACGGCGGCUUGUGCCAAAGACCUCGCCCGCGCUCUCGGCAAGAACCGACGGCUGACCGAACUCGAGCUGGGCAACAAUGAUCUGGGGGAUGCCGGAGUGGAGCUUCUGUCCGCGGCGCUGAGGAACCCAAACUGCAAGCUGCAGACCUUGGAUCUGUGGUGCAACGGCCUCAGAGCUUCUUCCACCGAGUGCAUCGCCUCGACUGUUGAUACAAACCGUGCACUGACGGAGCUGAUCCUGGGUGAUAAUGAACUUGGAGUUUCAGCAGUGAAACUGGUGAAGGAGGUCCAGUACAAGUCGGAAUGUAAAAUUAAGUUACUCCGCCUGAACAAGACUGGUCUCGUGGAUUCUUGCGUCGAGGGACUCAUUUCCAUUCUUCUCGAAAUGCAUGCUUUGACUCACGUGAACCUGAACUACAACUACUUCACAGACCGAUCGAUCCCCUCUUUCAACACUCUGAUCACGCAUCACAGAGGCUUGGAGUAUAUCGGGCUGGAGUGGAAUCGCUUCAGUUCCCGCGGACAGAAUCAGCUCAAGACGCUGCAGAAGUUCCGAAAAGGACUGACAGUGGACCUCUAAACAAUGCAAUGCAUCGACGAUUUCACCCUCGGGAACGGUCUAUAUAU